AUGUCUUAUAGUGCAUCUGUCGGUUUCGUUAUAGUUCUCUUCUAUUCUCUAUCAUUACCAAGCAGUAUAUCUGUAAAAGGGGUAGAGGAUUCCGACAGAGAAGAACAAUGGCUGGCAGAUAGAAAUCUAUUUCUGGAUAUUGACAAUGCCCGUUCGGAUACUAUCGACAAUAUCACCGAUGCUUUUCUUAGCAUCACAGAGAGAUUGGUAAAGGCUGGUCGUUUGAUGAUUGAAACUAAGCGUCGCAUGGUGGUGUUUAUCAAUGAAGUUGGCGAUAUGAGUUAUGAUUCGAAAUGGGCUAUGUUGGGUUGGUUUGCUGCAAUGUGUCUCUUUCCCAUCAUUACGGCAGCAAUCGUAGCUAUAAUUAUCGCUUUAUUUUUCCAGAAUGAGCUUACUAAUUUGCAAAUUUUUUUGCAUACUCGUUGGGAUGUGGGUGAUAUGCCUGAUAUUAUUACCGAAAGUAAGGCAAAGCAACGUUUGGGUAAUUUAGCCAUGCAACGUUUGUAUCUUAAAAUGAGUCGACAUCCGGAGAGAUUAUUGCCAAAACAGGCAAAACGUGAUCCAGAAGCAUUGACACAUGAAAAGAUCGAACUAACACAAUUAAAUGAAGCGAAUCUUACUGGAACACAUGUUCAGAGUCCCACAGGCAAUUCAUUACCAGCAUGA